AUGAAGCUCCAAGCCAUUGAGCUUCCCUUUGGGAGAAACCCCACAGCUCAGAAAAUCCCAAAGACAGUUCUUCUGCUAGCCCUAACACUAGUCAUCCUCACAGUCGUCCCUCUUUACUACCCUUUUCUGAGGUACAAAUCUUUUCUGAAGAACUCUACUGAAUCAUCCCCUCCAUACCAUUCGGAUGAGAAUUCGAUAAAGAUAACAGAGAAUGAGAAGUGUGACAUUUUCACUGGAGAAUGGGUUCCGAAUCCUGGCGCCCCAUACUACACCAACACGACAUGUUGGGCGAUCCACGAGCAUCAGAAUUGUAUGAAAUAUGGAAGACCAGAUUCUGAGUUCAUGAAAUGGAGGUGGAAACCAGAUGGGUGUGAGCUUCCUAUCUUCAAUCCUUAUCAGUUCCUUGACAUUGUCAGAGGGAAAUCCAUGGCCUUUGUUGGAGAUUCUAGUGAGUGUAUAAUCAGAAAGCCCCCCAUGUUCUUCAAUGGCUUUUUGGAAAAGUGA